GGAGGGCACCCUUGAACGGUCCUCAUGUCUGUGGUGGUCGGUGUUGUGUCGGCUGGACUUUGUCACCCAGAACCAGACGAUGCACCAAACGUGAGUACAGACUGCUGUCACCAUUUGUCGUCCCACUCUGAAUCAAACCUCAGGCUCACUGCUCGGGACUCACAAUGGCUCCUGAGACAUGAAGCCAGGUGUGUUCCUCGUUGCCAAAAUGGCGCAUUGUGCCGGCAGUCUAACCGCUGUGUGUGUCGACGGGGUUUCCACGGUAACCGCUGUGAGGUUUCCUCUGCAGUGCUGACCUCGUCUGUUCCUCCCAGCAUCGUCCCACACCGAGAACUCACCUUCACCUCCUACAGAGACGCCAGACUUGCUCAACGCCCCGCCAUCAGGAAGACCAGAGUCCUCUCAGCUCGCUCCGGUCCUGCUGUCACGGUAACGCCUCCUGCCUUCAUGACAACCAGCAAACCCAAACCAGCACCUGAGACCCACAACAAGCAGGGCGAUGCAAAGAUCCCAGAAUCUGCUCCUGAGAAGUCUGGACAGUUUAGAGUAAAACCUGAAACUAAAGCUGAGGACAGAGGAGGUGUUUCGAAGGAGCUUCUAAUGCAGGAGGAGAACCAAGCCUCCCCAAAACGACCACAGGUGGAGCGGAGAGCCGAGAGGACGCAAACACCCAAGUUCAACAACUUGCAGCUGCAGACAGGAGACAGUGAGGAGGAGAGAGGAGAAGUCACAGCCGGCAUCACAGAGCUUAAAACACAAGAAACUCCAAAGUUAAAAUCAGAAGCAGAGGAAGAGGAGGAAUCACACGCCUUCAAAACCCCAAAGCUGGAGUCUCUGUCCUGGUCUCACACUAAGGGAAAGAUGUCACUAGAUUUAAACGAAACUUCUAAACCAGAGGAUAAAAGAUUAACCCAACAGUCUGACUCAGAAUCUGAGAUGGUGGAAAGAUUAACGGCCUCUAAAAUCCCAAACCUGGAGUGGAGGUUUAAAGCUGAGGACAGACUGAACUUGGAGUUGAACGCUGAGCCUGGUGAAGAGUACGGCCUUCAUCUGGGGUCUGAUCCUGGGCAGAGGUCGGAGAAAAAGGUGGAUGAUGGUGGGACGGGAGAGGAGGUGGAGAAGAAGAAGAAGGAGGAGGUGAAGACUGGAGGAGCAAAGAAGCAGCCUCUGAGUCUGAGGGAGGCCCAGGCGGUUCUGCUGAGGAAGACUUUGUCACGGGGAGGAAGAGGAGACAAGAUGGCCGCCCUGCUGAUGAAGCACAUUGAGAAGGAGAGGAAGAAAGUCACUGUGACCUCCUCUUUCUCCUCCCCUAACGCCUCAUCCUCAUCAACGUCAUCGUCCGCAGUAAAAACCAGCGUGAAGACCUUUUACACUCAGAAGGGCCAGUACACCAUCCACGUCACCGCACCCUCAGUCUGCAGUCAGUCAGGACAUGAGCUCAUAGACAAACAGCAGCAGAAACAACCAGCCUCUAUUCCACCUAAACACCACCACGGCCCUCUGCAGUGCUGGGGCCCCUGA